UCUGAAACUCAAAGCGUUUUUGAGAGCGAAAAAUUGAUGAACUUAAAAAGAUGAAAUAAAUUAUGAGGACCACUGUAUCAACCGGGCAAAAUGGUAUGUUAAGAGGACAGCAAAGUAGUGAGGGUUAUGGUUCAUUUGAAUCUGUUGUGGUGAAUCAUGAAGACUCGGACGAUGAUGCUGGGUCUGUUUACACGGAGUUACUACAAGGAAGCGUUCCCUGCCCAUCGUGUAAGGGUAUGGGAAAAAUUCCAAAGGAGCAAGAGGGUCAGCUUGUGGCAUUAAUUCCUAUGAAGGAUAAAAGAUUACGGCCAAGAAGAACUUACCUGUGGGUAUGUUUAGCUGUUGUUGUAUGUCUUACUGCAGCUGGUCUUCUGAUGUUCUUCAUGUUUCCUCGAGGUGUAGAUAUGACAAGUAAAAAACCGUACCUCAGUCCAGUUGGUGCUGUGUAUAUUAAUGUUACUCAGCAAUAUGUUAAUUUUACUAUACAGAACCGAUUUAACAUCAGCAAUCAGAAUUUUCUGCCUAUAAAGAUAACAAGUGUGGCAAUGACAGUGUUGUAUGAUACUCAGGUGCUUGCAGAAAGUAAAAACAUGUCCAAACUUGAUGUGCCUAUGAGAUCCAGUGGCCAGUAUUAUGUCACAGCUAAUGUCACAUUGGAUCAAGAAAAUCAAAUGGGAUACAUGGCUCAGAGCUGUGACAGUCCAAUAAGAUGGGCUCAUGAGUUAGUCAUGUUGUUUGAAUUUAACUGUAACUAUGAGGUACUGGGACGAACAGAGCAGACAACAUUACAGACAUUUCAGUUUGUUAGUUGUUACAGUCCGAUCAGACCAUCACCUAUCGGCCCCACUGUGAAACCAUCCACUACAACAACUACAAAAACAACAACAACAAAUGCAACAACAACUUCAUAGAAGAAAUGUCUUACAGGAAAGGAGAGUCAUUUGUUAUCUGUUUUGAGCUUAAAAAUAACAGAUAUUUGUUUUCUAUGUCUGGAAAUGCUGUGUUGUAUUUCCCCUUUUAUAGGCUUGUUGGUUAAAUGGACCUGUGCAGAUUGGUAAAAAUACUUUUUUUUUUGUUCGAAAAUUCCUAGUUACCAAGCUGAUUCAUUAUGUUGUAACAAAUCUAUUUUUUUCAAAUUCCUUAUUUCACAUUAGUUUUGAUGGGCACUGAUAUUUCAGGAAUCAGAGUUGUAAAAAUCCUUGUUUUUUUAAAAAAAAGAU